AUGGCCUCGAGUCAGUAUGCGCCCGCCGGCGGGGCGGUUGCUGUCCCGCCAUGGAAUACCGCCUGGCUGUCGCAGCGCGACGCUGCUAUUUCCAUCCCCAUCAACUUCGUCACCCGCCCUGCCGUCUCCCUAACCGAGGCUUGCUUCUCCAAAAACUCCUACCUUGAUGGCCCGGCCGGCACGUGCCUGUCAAACCUCCUAGCCACCGGCUAUCGUUCCAUCAUCGUCGACGCCUAUUGGGACGAGAGCAGAGCCGUGUGGAGCCUGUGCCCAGCUGCUAUCCCAGAGGCCGCCGCCAAUGAUGACGAUAGCACCGUCCAAGUCGUCACCUCGACCUCGCAGGCCCAGCUGUCGUCGGCGCGCAUGACUGGCAAGGCUCAUCGUCAAGCCCGCCAGACCGCUUCAGGGGGUAGUGACAGCAGCAGCCAUCAGCCAGCCACGCUGGCUGCGCCACCGGCCACCGGCCGGAGCACGGCCAGCUCGGCCAGCCCAGCAGCCCUGACCACCGCGUCCCUUGCAUCGGGCGUUGCAGCAGAGGCCACCGCCGCCGCCGCCGAUUCCAACCGUAAAUCCGUCUUGCACAUUGGCCCCUACACCUGCUCUUCCGGGCUGAGCGUAUCGUUCAUUGCCAAUCUCAUCGCCGAUUACCUCGACGCCACCUCUGACACCCUGGCUGCCUCCGUCCUAUUUUUGACCAUCAACGUCCACGCCGCGUCGCCGUCGCGUUCUCCCACGCGACCUGCCUUGGCGCCUGCCAGCUCAGCAGUGCCCACCGCUAACAGCACGCUCAGCAACCUGCUUGAAAACGCCCUGUCGGCGUAUCUGUACACCCCAACCCUACUUCGGGAAGAUCGCGAGAAUCUCAACAGUUCGUGGUAUGCCUACAACGUGGGCCAAGGCAGUCGGCCGAAUGAAUCGUAUUUCUCCACGACGCUGAAUGCGGAUGAGACCGUCUCCACUGCCGACGGUUGGCCAAGCGAAGGGUACCUCUUGUUUGGGCCCAACCACGAUCGCGUGUUGGCUUCUUUCGGACGGAUCGACCCGCAGAUGGAAGCUUACGCGACCGAUGUGGACCACUCCACUAUCUUUCCGGCCGGUACGUUCGAGGCGAGGCGGGAUGUAACGGUGACCCCAUCUGGCAGUGUCGCCGACGGUUGCUUCUUCAACGCCAACGACACUCGCCUUGACAACGCCACAAACUCAUCGUGGGCCACCUCUUCCGAGGGCCAAAUUGCGGCAGUCGAGUCCGGAAAUUUGUACAGUCCAGUAACGGCGUCGAUCUCGAACAUCACGGCAUGCGGCGUCAGCUACCUCCUGAAUCAGAGCCUCGGAAUCGAUGCGAAUACCGACUAUCGGCCGUACCGGGAUAUCGCCCUCAGUUCCAUGUGGUCGUGGGCGCCCGGAGAGCCGCGGAAUGUCACCAACCGGGCAGCCGACGCGCAGCUGCUGCGUUGUGCCACGAUGCGCGCGGCCAAUAACGGCCGAUGGGUCCUCACCGACUGCACCGAAAAGUAUCACAUGGCCUGCCGUGUGCCCAGCGAGCCCUAUACGUGGCGCAUUUCCAAUUCGAGCGCCGCGUACAACGACGGCGAGACGCGCUGCCCGGAAGGGACCUACUUUGACGUGCCCCGCACCGCGCUCGAAAACACGUACCUGCUGUCGGCGCUGCGGGAGAGUGCAGCCGCGGACCCAGAAGCCUUCGACCUGGACCUCGCGCUCUGGAUUGACUUUAACAGUCUCGACACGCCGGGUUGCUGGGUGGUGGGCGCGACGACGAGAUGCUACUACAACGAGCAAGGCGAGGAGGCCGAGAGCCGGCUCGUCAUCGUGCCCACGGUCGCAGCCGUCAUAGUCUUCGUGCUGGCUGCACUGACCGUGUUUGUCAAGUGCGCAGCGAACAGACAGACAUCGCGGCGCGGGCGACGCAGGAAGGGCGACGAGGGCUGGGAUUACGAGGGCGUGCCGUCGUGA